CCGGGAACCGGAGCACGGACGGCCACAACGCGCUAGACCACUUCACCCCCCGAAAGCGCCCUGUAAACAUGCCUCCAGGCCCUUCAGGACCGCUUCCAAGACCCCUCUAGAGCCCCUCUAGAGCCCCUCCAACGCGGCCGGCCCAGGCGACCCGACCGACCUGGGCCGCCCGUUGAAGGACGUUGCCUCUUCCCCGUGGAGCCCAGCGUUGCAGAGGGCGCUUGUUAACGGCGCCGUAUUCGCAGAUCCUCCGCGUCCCCUCCAAGCCCACGGCCUUCGCUGCCGCUGCCGCGGAUUCCCCCCUGUCGCACCGAUGCCAAGUUCCCGGUUUUCGGUUGGCGGUGGUGGUCCUCGCUGCGCGUCCCUGCAACGUAUCUGGCCCUCGGUCAAUCAAAUUAAAUGCGUGGGAGACAAGAGUCAAGUGGAGGCGCGCGGUGGAGAUGUCGUGGAGUGCCUGUUAUCUCGCGGUUAGCCUCUGGUGGCUCCUCCGCGGCGCUGGAGCGGUCCCGUUUGGGCGCUCGUUGCACGGGUUGCGCUGGUUCAGGUGGUUUAGUGGGUAUGCUGCCGUGCUAUUCACCCCCCCCAUGUCCAUAUUUUGCAGGUGCCUUAGUGUGCAUUUCUGAUUCUGCGCGAGCGAGUGUGCGUGUGUGUGGUGUGUG